AGUUUGCAUGCACACUUUGCUGCAGCAACAUGGCCGUACGGCUCUUUGAGGGUAAAGAUCAUGCAACAGCUUACCUGCACUACAGGGUAGCACCCCAGGAACUCAUCAGCACAGUUAUGAACUUUAUGGAGAAAAAGACACCAAAACCAUUCAACCUUGCACUGGAUGUGGGCUGCGGAUCAGGGCAAGGGACCAAACUUCUGGCUCCAUACUUUACCAAAGUGGUCGGAACUGAUAUUAGCCCCGCCCAGAUUGAGAUGGCGCAAGUCAAUAACAACCCUCCAAAUGUCUCAUACAGACAGUCUCCAGCAGAAGAACUGCCAUUUGCAGCCGGAGAGGUGGACCUUUUGAGUGCCAUGACGGCAGCCCACUGGUUCGAUCACCAACGGUUCCUCAAGGAGGCUGAUAGGGUGCUGAAGCCUGGAGGCUGCCUGGCCCUCCUUAGCUAUAGCAUGGACAUGGAGCUGGAGUACGGGGACGUCUCCAGCAUCCUCAAUGAUAUCUGCAAAGAGUUUUACGCUGCCCUGCUUCCAUUCCGAGAUCCCUACAUAGGAAAAUCCUCUGCAAAGAUCUACCUAGACAUGUAUAACUCCUGCACCUACCCAGACAAAGAGUGGAACGAGUGUCUGUGGAUAAAAAAGACCGUACCACUGAGUCAUUACAUUGGCAUGGUGGAGACCUUCUCCAGCUACCAGAAACUGAAACAAGAGGACCCCGCUGAGGCUGAACGCCUCUCGAACCACAUCAGGAACAAGUUGAUGUCUGCCAUGCAUGUGUCCUCGCCUGAGACAGAAGUCACGAUGUUUGUGCACUAUUUCUACUGGCUGGCAUGUAAACCUUGAUCACUCGGAACAGCUGAAUCCUGUUCAGGAUUGUCUUCCAAGCUUUUUGGAUUGUGGCCCCUUAAAGCAAACCUUUGUCUUAUCAUAGCUCUUUGUCAUUGGUACAGGCAAAGAAAAAAGUCCCAAAAAGCUGUUCUCAGCUAUACUGUGUGAGUCCUUUUGUGGUUCACAAUCCCCACAGGGACACACUUGAAACAUGCAGUCAGAUCUGAAAACAUGUUUGUCUUAAAUCAGAAUUUUCUUUUAAUAUAAAUGGGAAACUUCUGUGAAAUGAAGCAUAUUAACUGGCUCACAGGGCAUAUUACAGUGAACACUAGAUGGAGCCAUUUCAUUCAAUGAUGUCUAACUCAAGUCCAUUAAAAGCCUUGUGUACAGUCUCAAGCUUAACUCAAAUCUUAAUUUUCACAAAUACUAGAGAUAAACUGCAAUAAAAACAAACC